GUAGCCUAAUGAAUGACAGAAUUUAAAUUUUUGGGUGAACUAACCCUUUUGUAAGCACUCUGAACGUGACGGAGUGAGUCUGAAUCAAACCGCUAAAUAACUCAGGAGCGAGUUCGAGGCUGUUUCGUGAAUCUUUUUGGCGGAUUCACUAAAAAGAACCGGUUCACAAGAGUCAAUUGUUCACGAAUCGGACAUCACAGUUCGUGCUGUGUUUAUUGUUGCGGGGUUUAUGACAUGAUGACAUCUGACCGUUCCGCAUUUGGACAACAAAGCUUGUAGCUAAUAGCGACUAGAUUUUUAAUUACUGUCACACAUUUUUUUUUUUUUUUUUCAUGAACCAGAAUAACAUAGCCUAAUCAUCUGGUAAAUACAGUGGUUCCCAAAUGGUGGAUGGCUGUCAAAUCUUGUUCACUUUUAACAUUCAACGCGACAACCAACGAACGCUUAUGAAAACAAAAGAAAUGUUCUCACGUGCGGACCAGAUUCACAUAUGUGAGUGACAGGAAUAAGACCUAAAUUACGGCUUGUUUUUCAAAUAAAUUAACCGAAUGAAUUCAGAAGACUUUAAAUAACGCACACGAAUCACGUGGACAACCUGUCAUCGUCGUGUUUCACGGAGGAAAACGCUGUACUGGUCUGGAGAGACAUGGAGUCAUGGGACAAAGCUUGCAGGAGCAGGAUGGCGUGUGCAAUGCUGAGGGAUGCUAUUCUAUUCAUCUCCAGCGCAAGACGUUCCGGGAGUCCUGGAGGACCUGCAAGGAUAAAGGGGGGAACCUGGCUACUAUGAAAGGACCAGAAGAAGCUUCUUUGAUUCAUGACCUCCUAUCGUCAGGGGACAGGCGUGGCUCCCGACCCAGAAUCAGGCUGUGGAUUGGCCUUCAGCGUCAGCCUCGGCAGUGCUCGGCCGCGCGUCCUUUGAGGGGCUUUACCUGGAUCACUGGGGAUCAGGAAACACAGUAUACAAACUGGCAACGUGAUGACUUACCCAGUGCUUGCGCUGCUCAUCGUUGUGUGGUCAUUACCUACAACACGGCUGACAAAAGUGGCAACGACCAGUACAACUUCAAAUGGCUCGAUGGGUCUUGUGCAGUGGCCGUGGAAGGAUUCCUCUGUCGCUACACCUACCAAGGGAUGUGCCCAGCUCUUCAAAAAGAAGGAGGGGGUCCUGCACUGUACACCACCCCGUUUGAACUGGCAAGUACUGCUCUUACUCACAUCCCUUUCGGCUCUGUGGCAACUCUUCCUUGUCCCGACAACGAGAAGGAAGACCAGUCAGUUCUGUGCAUGCUGAGAGAGGACGGGAGCAUUGGCUGGUCGAAGGAUGCACCGCUCUGCCUGAACACUCCAAGGGACUGGUGCGAACAGGACAAUGGAGGAUGCGAGCACUACUGCUUGAACUCGGAUACCCAUUACUACUGUGAGUGCUCAGAGAAUUAUGUUCUGGCAGAGGAUGGAAAGACCUGCCAGUUCUCGGAUCCCUGCCACAGUGCCAACUGCGAGUUCGAGUGCGAGUCCACUCCUCAGGGACACCGCUGCAAGUGCCCCGAUGGGUACCUCCUGUCGGGUGAUGGUCAUAGUUGUCUUGAUAUAGAUGAGUGCUUGCAGAAACCAUGUCCGCAGGAAUGCGUCAAUGCACCUGGUACAUUUGAGUGUAGAUGCAACGAGGGCUACCUUCCGUCUGAGUUCGGAGAAUGUGUGGACAUAGACGAAUGCAUGGAAGGAAAGUGCGAUCAUUUGUGUGAGAACUCUCCUGGUUCCUACACGUGCCGCUGUCACGAGGGAUUCUCUCCCCUCAGAGAAGAUCCAGAUCAAUGCGAAGAUAUCGAUGAGUGUAAUACUCCAGACAUUUGCGAUCAGGUGUGCAGAAAUUACGAAGGUGGAUUUGAGUGUCUUUGUGAGGAGGGUUAUAUGUUGCAAGAGGACAACUAUUACUGUCGGCCAGUCGAAGAGGAUGAACACAUGAUUGGCGAAUCAUCUGAUGCAACUCUGAAUGAUCCCAGCUUGCCUGAACUGGUGACAGAUGCCAGCCCUCUGGAGUGGCUAACAAAUACCCCAAGCUUGGAAUGGCAUCCGACUUACCUGAGCUGGUUUACAGAGAAGACCCAGGAAGGAGAUGUAACUACACAGGAACCUGAUUUAAAUGAGCAUGCAUCCUCAAACUCACCUUCAUCUAACUUUUUGAUGGAUAUUACAACUUCAGCUGAUUCAAAUGAAGAGGAUGCACAUGAGGAGGAAAUAUCAAUAGCAACUGGUGAUACAGUAGAUGUAAGGACUUCAGGAGACAAAGGACCCUCAAUGACUUUGACAUCUGCGCCUAAGAGAAAAUGGGAUUUUGUCAUGCUUACUCCUAAAACAUCACAAAUACCAGAAGAUACAUCAGGAACAGAACAGCGUCCAGGUGACAGGAAGAAACCCGACAAAAGCUGGCUGCUUGUGGCACUGUUGGUAUCACUAUGUGUCUUUAUUGUGGUCAUGUUGGCAUUAGGCAUAGUUUAUUGCACAAGUUGUGCUGUAGAGCCACGGAGCAAAAGCGUGACAGACUGUUACCGCUGGACCACCGCCUCCAAGCCUGAAAAGUCAAGCACAGCAAAAUCUCGAGCUUGAGUAAUGUACAUUGACUUUUUUUUUUUUU